AUGCCAAAAACUGUUCGUUUUGAACCUACGCUGCCCACUUCGCCCGAGCACGAACAUUUGGAUCACCAUCAUGCUGCAUUCGAAGAAGCUCUCUCGGUCAUUGACGAGCAAGGAUACGAAUCCACCUCUGAACCUCUAGACGAUUCUCAACACGCUGAUGAGGUUCUUCGUUCAGAAUCUCAUUGGGCAGGCGCUCUUCCUGCCGCUCAAGGCCUCUACGACCCCGAUCAAGAAAAAGACGCUUGUGGGGUGGGAUUCGUCUGUCAAAUCAAAGGUCAACCGAGCCACCGGAUCGUGAGGGAUGCACGCGGCUUGCUCUGCAACAUGACCCAUCGGGGUGCCACCGGUGCGGAUACCCGAGAUGGUGACGGUGCCGGACUCAUGUGCUCGAUUCCUCAUGAGUUUUUACUACGAGAGGCUUCACUUCUUGGCUUCAGCUUACCUCCACCUGGUCAGUAUGCCGUCGGAAACGUUUUCUUCAAGCCGGAUGCGCCCGAGACCUCAGCCGAUCAGAAGUCUACAUUUGAACGAAUUGCCGAAUCUCUCAAUCUUCGGGUGAUUGGAUGGCGUGAAGUACCUAGAGAUAACUCAAUCCUUGGUCCAGCUGCGCUGAGCCGCGAACCUUUGGUACUUCAACCAUUUGUGGUCCUUGCCAACCUCGCCAACGGUCAAGAAUCGACUUCGGAAGACUCAUCCAACUUUGAUGAGAAAUAUUUCGAACGCCAGCUAUACGUUUUAAGGAAACACGCCACUCACACCAUUACUCUCGCCAAUUGGUUCUACAUUUGUUCACUUUCCAACAAAGUCAUCGUUUACAAAGGUCAACUCAGUCCUCGUCAAGUUUACGAUUAUUUUCACGACUUGAAUCACGCACUCUUUGCUGCUCACUUCUGCAUGGUCCAUUCUCGAUUCUCCACCAACACUUUUCCAUCUUGGGAUCGUGCACAACCCAUGAGAUGGGCUGCUCACAAUGGUGAAAUCAACACGGUCCGAGGAAACAAAAACUGGAUGAGAGCUCGUGAGGGCAAUCUGGCAUCAAAUCGAUUUGGUGAUGAAUUAUCAUUGUUGUAUCCUAUCAUUGAAAAUGGUGGAUCAGAUUCCGCUGCAUUUGAUAACGUUCUCGAACUCCUGGUCGUCAAUGGAGUCCUGAGCUUACCUGAAGCUAUUAUGAUUCUCGUACCCGAAGCAUGGCAAAGCAACGCGGAGAUGGACCCAGAUAAAUUAAGUUUCUAUCAAUGGGCUGCUUGUGUUAUGGAACCUUGGGAUGGUCCAGCUCUUUUCGCAUUCUCUGAUGGAAGAUACUGUGGUGCGAAUUUGGAUCGAAAUGGAUUAAGACCUUGUAGAUGGGUAACUACGGAUGAUGAUAUCAUGAUUUGUGCUUCUGAAGUUGGCGCUAUUCCUAUCGAUCCUGCUCGAAUUAAUCGUAAAGGACGACUUCAACCUGGUCGAAUGCUAUUAGUUGAUACAGUUGAAGGUAGAAUUGUUGAUGAUAAAGAACUAAAACGCGUAACGGCUUCUAAACGUCCAUUUAAACAAUGGGUCGAAUCUCAAAUGCUCAGGUUACCUGAUAUCAUCGCUCGUCAAGGUGAAGCCAAUCUCACUGGAACUUCAAUUGUGCUUGACUCUACUAGAAUCUCCGAAGACCCCCGUCUACUCGCGUUUGGGUACACAUUUGAACAAUUGGACCUUUUGAUGAGGCCGAUGGUUUCGGACGGUAAAGAAGCCUUAGGAUCGAUGGGUAACGAUGCUCCACUCGCAUGUAUGGCCCUCCAACCUCGAUUGAUCUACGAUUAUUUCCGUCAAUUAUUCGCCCAAGUCACCAAUCCUCCAAUUGAUCCAAUCCGAGAAUCGAUUGUGAUGUCAUUGGAGUGUUAUGUUGGUGCUGAGGGUAAUCUUCUGGCUCUUGAAGAAUCCCAAGCUGGUCGACUCGCUUUACCUAGUCCAAUUCUCAGUGUUGAGGAAUUACACGCACUCGUCAAUUUGAACUCGGUCUUCCCCACCUGGUCCGCUUCGGUAAUUGAUAUCACGUUUGACAAGAAAGAAGGUCUGCCUGGCUAUCAACGUACACUUGAUCAAAUUUGCGAAAAGGUUUCAGAGGCAGUUCGUGCCAACUGUCGCAUCAUCGUCUUGUCUGAUCGCACAGUGGGCGCCGAUCGAAUUGCUGUUUCGGCUUUGGCUGCCACUGGAGCAGUUCACCAUCACUUGCUUCGUACCAAGGAUCGAACAAAGGUGGCUUUGUUGGUCGAAACUGGAGAAGCGCGAGAAGUUCAUCACAUGUGUGUGUUGCUUGGUUAUGGAGCUGAUGGCAUUUGUCCUUACCUCGUCAUGGAAGCUAUUCUCAAAUUAAGCCGAGAGGGGCUUGUCAAAGCUGAUCUCACCCCACAACAGCUAAUGGAUAACUAUCGUCACGCAACUGAUAAUGGUAUCUUGAAGGUGAUGUCCAAGAUGGGUAUCUCUACUCUUCAAAGUUACAAAGGCGCCCAGAUCUUCGAAGCUCUUGGACUCCACGAAACUGUCAUCCAGCGUUGUUUUGUCGGUACUGCAAGUAGGAUCCAAGGUACUACUUUCGAGCUAUUAGCCAUGGACGCCUUUGAAUACCAUGAACGUGGUUAUCCUUCUCGCGAGACUAUCCUCCCACCCGGACUACCGGAGUCUGGUGAGUACCACUGGAGAGACGGAGGCGAGGCUCACAUCAACGACCCCGCAUCAAUUGCCAACCUUCAAGAUGCAGUACGUUCGAAAAACCAAUCGGCCUACGACGCGUACAGUUUGAAUGCUCGUAAACAGGUGGAAGCAGUAACCUUGCGAGGUUUGAUUGAUUUUGAUUUCCCGGCUGCUGAACCAAUUCCGAUCGAUGAAGUUGAACCUUGGCAUGAAAUCGUUCGACGAUUCUGUACGGGUGCAAUGUCCUACGGUUCCAUCUCUAUGGAGGCUCACAGUGCAUUAGCAGUGGCUAUGAACCGAUUAGGUGGCAAGUCUAAUACCGGAGAAGGUGGAGAAGAUGCUGAACGAUCCAAGGUCAUGGCUAAUGGCGAUACGAUGCGAUCAGCCAUCAAACAAGUUGCUUCAGGUCGAUUUGGUGUGACGUCAAACUACCUGGCUGAUAGUGAUGAACUACAAAUCAAAAUGGCACAGGGAGCCAAACCUGGAGAAGGAGGAGAAUUACCAGGUCACAAAGUUUCCGAAUCGAUUGCCAAAACUCGUCAUUCGACUGCCGGAGUUGGUCUUAUUUCACCACCACCCCAUCACGAUAUUUAUUCCAUUGAAGAUCUCAAACAAUUGAUUUACGAUUUAAAAUGCGCUAAUCCAAGAGCUCGAGUUUCGGUGAAAUUGGUAUCCGAAGUCGGAGUUGGUAUUGUUGCAUCUGGUGUAGCCAAAGCUAAAGCUGAUCAUAUCCUGAUUUCAGGUCAUGAUGGUGGUACUGGUGCUUCACGUUGGACUGGGAUCAAAUAUGCCGGUUUACCUUGGGAAUUAGGUUUAGCAGAAACACAUCAAACUUUGGUGUUGAAUGAUUUAAGAGGAAGAGUUUGUUUACAAACCGAUGGUCAAAUUCGUACCGGACGUGAUGUUGCGAUUGCUGCUUUGUUGGGAGCUGAAGAGUUCGGAUUCGCCACCACACCUUUGAUUGCGAUGGGUUGUAUCAUGAUGCGACGAUGUCAUCAAAACACGUGUCCUGUCGGGGUAGCAACUCAAGAUCCAGUCCUUCGAGCUAAAUUCACCGGUCAACCAGAACAUGUGAUCAACUUCUUUUAUUACGUUGCUGAGGAGUUGAGGUCAUACAUGGCUAAACUUGGUUUUAGGACUUUGAAUGAGAUGGUUGGACAUGCUGAGUUAUUAAAGGUUAAUGAAUCACUCCGAAACCCUAAGACGGCUCAUCUCGAUCUCAGCGCUGUACUCAAACCGGCAUGGAAGAUGCGUCCAGGAGCAGCGACAUACAAGUCCAAGAACCAAGAUCAUCGUCUCUACGUGCGACUAGAUAACAAGUUCAUCGAUGAGGCCGAACCAGCUUUACUCAAAGGCUUGCCUGUCCGAAUUGAGGCUGAGGUGACCAACACCGAUCGUGCACUCGGAACCACCCUAGCUCAUCGAGUUUCAAAGGCUUACGGUGAGAAGGGACUACCGAAAGAUACGAUUCAUGUCAACCUACGUGGAUCGGCUGGUCAAUCCUUUGGUGCCUUCCUUGCGCCGGGUAUCACCCUCGAACUUGAAGGUGACUCGAACGAUUACGUUGGUAAAGGUUUAUCGGGUGGUAGGCUGAUUGUCUACCCGCCCAAACAAUCUCCUUUCAAGGCUGAAGAAAAUGUUAUUGUCGGUAACGUGUGUCUGUACGGUGCUACAUCUGGUGAGGCCUACUUACGUGGUAUCGCAGCUGAACGAUUCGCGGUCCGAAACUCUGGUGCAAUCACAGUAGUUGAAGGUGUAGGCGAUCAUGGAUGUGAGUACAUGACGGGUGGAAGGGUAGUAGUACUUGGUAGUACAGGUCGUAACUUUGCAGCAGGAAUGAGUGGAGGAAUUGCUUACGUACUUGAUAUGGCUCAAGAUUUCAAAUCAAAAGUUAAUUUGGAGAUGGUAGAACUUGGUACGGUGAAUGAAACUAGUGAAAUCGCUGCACUUCGAGGAAUGAUUGAAGAUCAUCAACAUUGGACUGGUUCAGAACAAGCACGCAAGGUCUUGAACAACUUCAAUACCAUCUUACCUCGCUUUGUACGUGUGAUGCCAUUGGAUUACAAGGCCGUUUUAGAAAAAGGUUUGAAGGAGGCGAUGGAAAGUGAUCCGAAGAAAGAUCAACCUGGAUUUGAUAUCAAAGGGGAUGCAUACAAUCCAACGGAAGACAAAGCAAAGUCGAAUGUCACGGGACAUCAAGAGGUACCAUCUGCCAAACCGGUUGGUGAAGAGCCUGCUGUGAUUGAUCUUGAAGAUUCAAUGGUGGAUGCUGAAACGGCCGGUCGAAGGGUAGAGGCACUAGACAAGACUCGAGGAUUCAUGAAGUACAAGAGGUUAAAUGAGGCUUACAGGAACCCACGUGCAAGAACGAAAGAUUGGGCCGAACUUUCAAAUCGAUUAACUGAAAAUGAAUUGAAAGUCCAAUCUGCACGUUGUAUGGAUUGUGGUGUACCUUUUUGUCAAUCAGACUCUGGUUGUCCGAUCUCCAAUGUGAUUCCGAAAUGGAACGAUUUAGUCUUUAAAGGUCAAUGGCUUGAAGCUCUCAAUCGACUUUUGAUGACCAACAAUUUCCCUGAAUUCACUGGUCGAGUUUGCCCAGCACCUUGUGAGGGUGCUUGUGUGCUCGGAAUCAAUGAAGCUCCGGUCGGAAUCAAGAGCAUUGAAUGUGCCAUCAUUGAUAAAGGUUUCGAGAUGGGCUGGAUGGUUCCACGACCUCCCAAGGAGCGAACUGGAAAGACAGUAGCCAUCAUCGGAUCAGGACCAGCAGGACUCGCUUGUGCUGAUCAGCUAAACCGAGCCGGACACUUAGUGACUGUUUAUGACAGAAAUGAUCGACACGGUGGUCUAUUAAUGUAUGGGAUCCCGAACAUGAAACUUGACAAGCGAGUCGUUCAACGUCGAUUAGAUUUGAUGAGAGAUGAAGGAAUCAAGUUUGUGGCUAACGCAAAUGUGGGUGUCAACAUGGAUGUAAAGGAGAUCAGGGCAGCAAAUGAUGCACUUGUAGUCGCAACAGGUGCAACAUGGCCUCGUAAUCUCAAUUUACCUAACCGGGACUUGAACGGUAUUCACUUCGCAAUGGAAUUCUUACAGUUGAACACGAGUUCAUUAUUAGAUUCAAAUCUUGAGAAUGGCAAAUACAUCUCAGCCAAAGGCAAGAAUGUGAUUGUGAUUGGAGGAGGAGAUACAGGAAAUGAUUGUAUCGGAACUUCAUUGAGACAUGGAGCUAAAUCAGUGACGAAUUUUGAACUAUUACCUCAACCACCUGCUACUAGAGCCAAUGAUAACCCUUGGCCUCAAUGGCCUAAAGUCUUUAGAGUUGAUUAUGGUCAUUCUGAAGUGGAGAAUUUCUUUGGAAAAGAUCCUAGGCUUUAUUGUAUUGCUACUAAAGAAUUUGUUUCUGAUGAUGAAGGUAACCUGAAAGGUUUGAAUACGGUCCGAGUUGAAUGGACUAAAGAUUCGAACAACCAAUGGAAGAUGAAAGAAGUCGAAGGUUCUCAAGAAUUCUUUGAAUGUGAAUUAUGUUUAUUAGCAUUAGGAUUUGAAGGAGUUGAAAGUGAUUUAGUAGAAGCUUUAGAGGUCGAUGUAGAAAAGAGAUUGAAGAGAGUAGUGACCAAAUCAGGAGCAAAUGGAAGAACUGGAUAUUCUACUAGUGUUGAAGGUGUCUUUGCUGCUGGUGAUUGUAGAAGAGGUCAAAGUUUGAUAGUUUGGGGUAUCCAAGAAGGUCGAGCAGCUGCUGUAGAAAUUGAUAAUUAUCUCAUGAAGAAUAAGGCUUCCAGAUUACCGAUGACUGGUAGUAUUAAACUUCGAGACCUUAGUCGAUGUGCUGGAUCAAAAACCAAUGACCAAUCCAUCGAUCCUGUAGUAAUUCGAUAAAUUGUUGAAUCAAGGAAGCUGAAAGAUUUGAAUGUAUAUCGAUUCCCAUUUUCGAAGAAUGAUGUUUGUGUAGAUAGUUUAUCAACUUUGAUUUUUGAAUGAUGGGUUUCUUUUGUGGUAGUUCUUGAUCCACAUUGGGUGGGGAAAAAAGGAUGAAAAGGUUUUGAUAGAUAGAUAGAUGGAUGGAUGGAUGGAUGUAGAACUUUAUCAAAAAGCGUUUCAUUUCUUUUUUUUCGUUUUGAUUGAAGGUUUUAGAUAAUUAUGGAUUCCUUUAGUUUACCAUACAAAUUAUCUUUUUUGCUUCUUUAAUAUAUACCACUUCCCUAUAGAAAUUCAUGAUUGAAAAGAAAUUGUUUUAAAUCUUGUU